GAAGAAGCCCAUCCAUAUUUACACUUGCCAAAGUUGAACAGGAAGAAAAGUAGAACUCCCACAUUGUUUGUUUCCGUUUCAAAUUCAUAGUUACCCAUCAACAACCCAAACCAGUUCAGGUAGGGUAAGCGCGAAGCUGUUUCCAAAUUCAAGACUCAAUCUUUGCAGAACCAAGUAAAAUAGUUGGUUCCAUCCAUUGCAGAACUCUGUAAGGCUUGAAUCUUGAUUGGAAGAACAUGCAAAACACUUCGGUUCCACCUGGUUUUGCGCCUAGGACGUCCUUCAAGCUGCAGAAGGCAGAAGUCUCAGUUGUGGGAGUUGAAGAAACUGAUAGGUCCAAUGCUGUUGUGGAUUCUUCCAAACAAGGGCCAACCCAGAUGGACUCAGCAUCUGAAAUGACUGCCUUGGAGAAGAUUAAGACAUUUCUUCAGCAAAGGCCAUGGUUGCUGUACGACCAAAGUGAUCACACUUCAGUGCAGCCUGACCCAAAACAGUUUCAUUUGGAACCCUCUCAAAAAGCUUGCCUCUCGAAUGGUGUGACUCGUGGAAGCCCAGAAUCUAGUUAUCAUGAUAAGGUAACAGAAAGGUGGCGUCCUGAGGGUGCAAUAAUAGAACAGGUUGAAAAGGCUCCUAUUUUCUACCCAACAGAUGAGGAAUUUAAGGAUACUCUUAAGUAUGUUACAAGUAUAAGUGCAAGAGCGGCACAAUAUGGUAUCUGUCGUAUUAGUCCUCCUCCUUCCUGGGUUCCACCAUCUCUUGUUGAGGGAAACAGCAUAUGGAAAAAUUCCACAUUUUCUCCCCAUAUUCAGCGGAUUGAUGGGCUGCGGCGUAAAAUAGACGCAUCUGAUGAGAGCAGAAAAAAGAAGAGAAGAAUCUCAACAGCGGGUUUGGACUGUGAAUUUGAAUUUAUCUCUAGUCAGGGUGAAGCCGAACAGUCUGAUGUCAAUAGCUUUGAAUCAGAACCUGGUCCAGAAUUCACACUUGAUAGUUUUAAGAGGUAUGCAGAUGAUUACAAGCGUCAGUAUUUCCGCAAAAGUGACGUCAUAGGUUAUCAAGAGCAGUGGGAGCCAUCAGUGGAGAAUAUUGAAGCUGAAUAUAAACGUAUAGUUGAAAACCCAACUGAAGAAAUUGAGGUGCUUUGUGGAAAUUAUUUGGAGACUAAAGCGCUGGGGAGUGGAUUUCCGAUAGUAUCACAUGAUACCCCUGAAUGCUUGCAAUCUGGCUGGAAUUUAAAUUCUCUACCCAGACUGCCUGGUUCUCUUCUUUCUUUUGAAAGCUAUGACACAUGUCACAAUUUGGUGCCUCAGACUCGCGUAGGAAUGUGUUUUUCAUCUAAUCUUUGGAGAGUUGAAGAGCACCACUUGUACUCAUUAUAUUACAAUCAUCUGGGUGCUCCUAAAGUAUGGUAUGGUGUCCCUGGGAAAUCGCGUAUAAGUUUUGAGGCAGCCGUGAGGAAGUCCUUUCCCGAUUUAUUAAAACAGCAUAGGCUGGUUAAGCAAGUAUCGCCCUCCGCAUUGAAAUCAGAGGACACACCUGUCUUUCAGUGCAUUCAGCGUCCUGGAGAGUUUGUUCUUGUCUUCCCUGGGGCUUAUCAUUCAGAAUUUGAUUGUGGCUUUAAUUUUUCUGAGAGUGCAUACUUUGCUCCUCUAGACUGGUUGCCUCAUGGACAAAGUGCUGUUGAACUUUACUGUGAACUGGAAAGGAAAACGUCCUUAUCCUAUGAUAAGCUGUUGCUUGGAGCAGCUAGGGAAGCUGUAAGGGCACAAUGGGAAAUAUCACUGUUGAAGAAGAACAAAACCUCUGACAAUAUACGCUGGAAAAAUGCCUGCUUAAAGGAUGGCAUUCUAACAGAAGCACUCAAGACACGUCUCAAGUCUGAAGAGAUUCGAAGGAAAUAUUUUUGCACGUCUUUGAAGUCACAGAGGAUGAAUUCAGAUUUUAAUGUCACCACGAAAAGGGAAUGCAGCAUUUGUUACUGUGACCUUCAUUUCUCGGCAGUAGGUUGUCCUUGUUCUGUAGACAGAUACUCAUGUCUGUUUCAUGCAAAGCAGCGCUGUCUUUGUGAUUGGAGUAACAAGUUUGUCCUCUACCGUCAUGAAAUCAAGGGCUUAUAUAUACUUGUUGAAGCUUUGGAAGGAAAAUUAAGUGCUGUCAUCAGAUGGGCGAAAGAUGAUCUUGGCCUGUAUUUGCAUGAACAUCUUUCCAAAAGCACUGCACAAUCACCUGGGCAGGUAGAUAAUCACAUCCCUCCCACAGAUAAAAUUCAGCUGAAAGAGCACAUGUUGGAAGAUGCUUCGUCACCGAUUAGCAGUUGUGUCACUGCUUCUAGCAUAAAGGCAGAAUUGAAGGCGCGUAUGCUGCAAUCCACAAUUUCAAGGAUGUUGAAGGCAAACAGUAAUCCAAUAGCAUCCAUUGAUGCUGCAACCAGUGCUGCUUCUAGCAUCCGGGCUGAAUUGAAGGCACGUCUCCUGCAAUCUUCAAUCUCCAAGACAUUGAAAGGAAAUGGUGAUCCAGUAGAUUCUGCAGCAGCCAAUGCCAAUGGUAGAAAUUCUGUUUCUACCACUGAGGUAGAGAUGAGGACACAUGAACUUGGAUCAACAAUCUCAGAUGAACAUAAGGGCAUGUGCAGUCUGCAACAGCCCAUGGCGAUGGUAGGAACUCCUACUCUGCCGAUAGAGGUGGCCUCUGAUGUUUCAUCUGUAACUUCAAGUGAAUCAUUCUCGGAAUCUGAGAAUAUCGUACCAGAUCUUGGCAACUUUUCAGAAGCUAGUCAUCAAGCAGAAAGGAAGGCACCUCAAGAUAAUAUUCUUGUUCUUAGUGAUGACGAUGAUGAUUAAUUCUGUGUUAACUGUAUCACUAUACGAACCCAAUGAAAUGCUCCGUCCCCAAAUGAGCAGGAGAUGUAGAUGAGAAAUCGACCUUUUGAUGGCUUCUGUUGUAUUUUAGUGUUAUAUCCGCUAGUUUAGUCAUUAUAUGCCUAGAGAAUAACAGUGUCCCAAUGUAUUGCAUUUUCUCAAUAAAGGGAUAGACGAUUAACACUUGC